ACUGUUCAAACACACAAUCCACACUUUCUGGCGGUUCACUGUCAGGAGGUGGGGGGGAAGAACUACGAGGCCUCCAUGUCCCAUGUGGAUAGUUUUGUCAAGGAGCUGCUGUCCAGUGAUGCCAUGAAGGACUUCAGCAGAGCUCGAAUCUACCUCGAUGAGAACUACAAAUCCCAGGAACACUUUACAGCUCUUGGAAGUUUCUACUUCAUCCACGAUUCUUUGAAAAACCUUCACCAGUUUGAUUUCAAAGCCAAGAAGUUUAAGAAGGUGGUGGGGAAGGAGACCUGCUCCGAAACACUAGAAAGCACACCCACCCUGGAGAAGGAGAAGUUUCCACAGGACUACUUUCCAGAGUGCAAGUGGUCCAGGAAGGGAUUCAUCAGAACUCGAUGGGCCCUGGCUGACUGUGCCUUUGAUCUGGUCAACAUUCACCUUUUUCACGAUGCUUCCAACCUGGUGGCCUGGGAGAAAAGUCCUUCCAUCUACUCUGGGACCCGGCAGAAGGCCCUGGGCUACGUUUUAGACAGGAUCACAGACCAGCGCUACGAGAGGUUGCCAUAUUUUAUCUUUGGGGACUUUAACUUCCGGUUGGACUCCAAGCAAGUUAUUGAGAGUCUGUGUUCUACAGCGAUCAUGCAGACCGUCAGAACCGACGACACAAACGAAGUCGACAAGCUAAUAUUUAGAGAAACUGACAACGAUCGAAAGGUUGUUCUUCAACUUGAAAAGAAGCUUUUUAGUUAUGUCAACCAGGACAUUUUCCGGGAAAACAAUGGAACCUCGCUUUUAGAGUUCGACAGAGAGCUGUCUGUGUUCAAGGAUCGGCUGCACGAACUAGAGAUCUCUUUCCCACCCAGCUAUCCGUACAGCGAAGACUGCAACCUGGGAAAGGAGUACAUGAACACCCGCUGUCCAGCCUGGUGUGACCGAAUCCUCAUGUCUCAGUCGGCCAGAGACCUCUUCCUAAAGCCUGAAAAUGAGGAGAAGUCUUUGGUUUACGAUAACAUCGGGCCCAAUGUCUGCAUGGGAGAUCACAAGCCCGUCUUCCUGUCCUUCCGAAUAACAGCGGGGGCAGGUAAACCUAAUGCAAAUAAGCACAAGUGUUGUGUGAUGCAGUGAUUUCGUGGGAAGAGCUGCCAAAGGGGGGAGAACAUAUUCCAUGAGGCGCCUCUGUGAGAACACCGGGGAAGCAUGCACACACACUUUGCACAAGUGUCCACUGAGGAAAAACGUUCUGUUGUUGUCGUGCUGUCGCUGCGCCGACCCGUCACACUUGUCCGGACACCUCGUUCAUGAGAAAACGCCGUUGUUUUCUCUCCAUAAAGCACUUGUUUAGAUGUGGAGGAGCGUCCGAGGACCCGGCUCCAGCAAGGACACACAUCGCUGACCUCAUCGUUGCCGUGCAAACACCCCCCCCCCCCCCCCCCCAAAAAAAAGAAAAGGACAAUCAUGGAUGGACUCUCUCCUCACCACAGCCUCAUUGCCAAAAUGCUAAAUGAAAUCCGUCAUACUUUGUACUUUUAGACACUAUAAGUACGCCUCUAUGUGUAGAAGCUACUUUCCACUCCGUAUGUAGGGUGUGUUUAAAAAGCCUAACGUGCAAUGCAAAAACACAUAUAUAUCGUUUUAGGUCUAUUUAAGAUUGAACCGUUGAUGGUUUUAGAGCUGUCGUCUCCUCUGACCAAACCUAAUCUUUCUGGUCUGCGUUGGAAUCACUAGAACCAGAGCUGAAUAUAAACAUGGCUGGAUCAGGUGGGAAGGACAGGAGAAGGGCCGGAAGCUCGCUCAGAAACACCACAAUCGUUGUCUCCGUCGUAAAGAUGAAACACGUUUUUGUUUGAAACCUUUACUUGUCUUUGUAGGACAUUAAAAGAAUGCAGUUCUAAUUUCGGAUUUGGCCCCAUUUUCCUUUUCUUUUGGUUUUCUGACCCAAAUGAACCCCGGAUCUCCGUUAGCUGUUUUCUCCAUAGGCUUUCUCUCUCACUGAUUCUCUAUAGUCCUUGGUAUCGCAGUCUAAACAUUUUUAGUGCCGCUCAUCUGUUUUUAUAACGCAGGAACCAGAUUCUCCUUCUUCAUGUUAUUUAUUCCAGGAAUUGCAGGAAAAUGGUGAAAAAUCCACAAUUUUUGAGACGAAAUCAUGAAUCCAUGUGAAACUAUAACUCUGGAGCAACAAACCAAAAUAUUUAUGCUGAAGCGUGCGUGGGGACUGACCUCCCGUCGCCACGGAGACCUCUGAAUGAGUGUGUUCAUGAAGAACGCAGCAGAAGACCCGUUUAGUGAUUUAUUGCCUAUCCAAGAAUGUUUUAAGCAGUGCCGUAGACCAUGUGUGUAUACAUGAAAUAAUGUUUGGUAUAUAGCAUUUUCACGUUAUGUCAUUAUUGCUCUUAACUUAUUUCUAUGAUAUUCUGGUUCUGAAUGUGUUCUUUUAGAUAGGCCUGAGUGUCUUUACAACGUAUUUUGUUUCUAUUAUCGUGCCAAGUAUCAGACGUGUAAGCGUUCAAAGGUCAGUUGUUAAUAUGAAAUGUAAGCAACAGAGAAACUCUAAAUGUGCAGAAAAAGCAGAGGUUUGUCAGCAGCCUUCAUUCCAAACAGGUUGAGCAUUAAAGGGGCUCUCGUUUCAGCAGCACUCCCCUUUCUUAGAUUUUAUUCACCACACUACACGUUUCAGACCAUCUGAGUCACUGCAAGUGAUUAAUACUGUUUUAGUGUUUGCUGCAGGAUUUAUUGUCUCUGUUGUGAUUUGGUAUGUAAAAGAAAGCCUGACUUGUUUUUGCCGUAGACAUAAUAAUUUCACUCCAUCUUCUAAAAGACAGAGAUUUUAUUCCAGCCCUGCUGGACAGCCUGGCCUCUAUCAUAGGUGAUGCAGUUCUUAAGCAAUAAAAACUAUUAGAGCUCAA